GGAGAGCUGAAGAAACAAGACCAGCAACUCAGACUGAAGCAGCAACACAACUCUAAAGGUGAAUCCUGAUCCCCUCUUGUGGCGGACGUCUGCGCUGCACCCGACAGACAAUGAAGCUGGUUGUCAUGGCAGCAGUGCUGGCUGUAGCAGGGGCGAGGCAGGUCUGCAGCUCCGGCUGUCAUCUCACCAGCAUGCUCAUCCAAGUGGAGGGCUGCGGUCGCAAGGAGUCCGUCUCCACCACGGCAUGUGUGGGACAGUGCUUCAACAAGGACCCGGUCUACAUUGGACACGAUGACUGGGCUGAGCAGCAGGUCUGUAACGGGAACUGGAUCUAUGAGGUGAAACAGAUCCCAGGAUGUCCGGUCAGCGUCACCUACCCCGUGGCUACACACUGCGAAUGUAAAGCAUGUGAUGCAGGAAACACACACUGCGGGCGCUUCACUGGGAACGCACCAAACUAUCAGCCAUUUUAAAGAAUCCUUGGUUGUCCUUGAUUUACUGAUGAUGAUAGAGAAAGUGAUGCUAAAAUAAACAUGCGUCCGCUAA